AAGACGAAUCUAGUCCAGCCAUAUAUCUUGUCAAAUUUAUGGAAGGUUUAAACCAAGAUGAUCAGAAAAUAAGUUACAAUGUUGAAUCAGAAGUUACUACUAAACAGCAACAAGAAGCUUCUAAAAUUAAAUCUUGA